AUGAUGGAGAACUCGGCUGCCUAUAUGUUCACUCAGAGCACAGCGUCCGAUCAGCUGGCGAUCGAGUACCUCCAGGUAGAGAAGAAUCGGUCCACAGAUUUCGCAAAUGUGUGGGAUGCUGCAACAGAGUUGCGAAAGUCCUCAAGGCUGAGACAGAUCCAGGUACCAGAUGGACUGAGAGAAGAACACGUUUUGGCCAUUCUCGCCUACACUCGUCCAGGAGAUUUCUACAGCAAGUUCAAUGAUGCGUUGAGAAAGUAUGGGACUAGCGACUCGGUCUACGCCAAGAAGUUCCAUUUCAAGAGUUUCCAUUAUCUUCUCUCCGUUGCUCUCGAUCGACUCAGGAAGACCCGUGGCUCUGCUCCGGUCACCACCUACCGAGGGAUGACCGAUCGUUCCAAAGCUCAAGCGGGUUCUCAAAUGAAAUUUGGACACUUUGCAUCUUCCUCUCUUGAUAUUCAUAUUGCCCGAAGCGUCGGUACUAACACGCUGUUUAACAUAACGUCGGGUAAAGGUGUCAAAAUCACCGGCUACUCGCUCUGCCAGCAAGAUGAGGUGCUUAUACCUCCCGAUGAGGUUUUCAAUGUCACGCAAUAUUCCUCGGAUAAGAUUAAAGGAGUUGCAAUAUCGCUCGUAGCAGAGGGAGAGGCCGGGAUAGCGGUCAGAGUGGAGCGUGGAGUAGGUGGCCAGCUGCAGGUAGUUAGGAGUGUGGGGUCCGCUCUGUCUGCCGUGGCGCUGUGGUGCGCCGGGACGGUAUUGGCUCCUAUUUUCCUGUGAGUUCAUGCAGUCAUAAAUAAUGUAGGCAUCAUGUCACCCAUGCCGACUAAGAUGUCCCAUUGCUCCGCGUUUGAACCAAUUGCCUCCCAACCUUACCUCUCCAUGUACCUGGCCACAAUGUUCUUAUUGUAUGUGCCAUAGUCAUAGCGUGAAACAGCUUAGAAACAUGCCCUUCGGCCCAACUUGCCCACAGCACCCAACGUGUUGCAUUGACGCUUAGUCCCACCUGCCUGCGUUUGGCCCAUAUCCCUCGAAACCUGCCCGAUCCAUGUACCUGUCUAAAUGUUUAUUAAACUCUGGGAUAGUCCUUGCUUCAACUACCUCCUCGGGCAGCUCGUUUCGGCCACCCGCGACCCUCUGUGUGAAAGGAUACCACUCGGACUCAUAUUAAAUAUGUUUCCCUUCACCUGAAACCUAUGGAUUGGAUCCUCGAAUCACCAACUCUGGACAACAGAUGAUGUGCAUCUAGCCGAUCCAUUCCUCUCAUGAGUCACUACACUUGUACACAUCCGCCGCGCAAAUCUUCUCUAUACCGUUCCCCUCUUGACAACUUUCCUAUUGCAUGGUGCUCAGAAAUCAGCACAAUACUCAACUUAACAACAUACAGCCUCAGCUAAUUCCUCUAACACCUCCUUCCAUACACCCAAGUAAUGUUUCCCCUCAGUUUCCUAUUCACUAUUCAACUACCUCCUCUGGCAUUGCGUUCCACGGGUCCCAUCACGUUAUGAUUGUAAAACUUGCCACUCAAGUCCCCAUUAAACCGUUCCACUCUCACCUCACACACGCGUAAUUUGUGUAGGUUUCUUGAUUCCCAGGUUCUGAGCAACAAACUCGAUGUAUCACCCUAUCUAUUUUCACCAUGAUUUUCUGCAUCUCAGUCUCUGCGGGAUAAGCUCCAAGCCGAUACAACCGAAAUCUUCAACAGUCCUCUUUUCCUGGCAACAUUCUCGUAAACCUAUGCUUCCAGCAUAA